AUGAUUCAACUAAAGACCAUGGUCAAUGUCAUAGACAACAGCGGCGCCGCCAUAGCAGAAUGCGUCAAAGUCCUCAAGAUGAAGCGCCACGCAAGAAUCGGCGACCGCAUCAUCGUCGUAGUCCAGAAACAGCGCAACUUCGGCCCAGAAUCAGGAUCGGGCGGCUCGGUCUCGGUCUCAGCAGCGAACAAAGUUCGAAGAGGAGACAUUAGACAUGCGGUAGUCGUACGGACAAAGAAAAAGUACCAGCGCGCAGAUGGAAGCGUCGUGAGCUUUGAUGAUAAUGCCUGUGUGCUUAUCAACAAGGGAGGAGAGCCUAUUGGGAGCAGGCUGAAUGGAAUUGUGGGAGCCGAGUUGAGAAAUCACAAGUGGAGUAAGAUCUUGAGUCUUGCGCCGAUGCAUUUGUAA